AUGGCAGACGUUGAGAUGACAGAUGCUGCCGGAGAGGCCAGCAAGGGAAAAGCCGUAUCCAAGACGGCAAAGGGCGAUGCAGCUGCUGAGGGCAAGAAGAGAUUUGAGGUGAAAAAGUGGAAUGCCGUUGCUCUAUGGGCGUGGGACAUCAUCGUCGAUAACUGUGCCAUCUGUCGAAACCAUAUCAUGGACCUGUGUAUUGAGUGUCAGGCCAACCAGGGCUCGUCUACCACGGAGGAAUGUACAGUUGCCUGGGGUAUCUGCAAUCAUGCGUUCCACUUUCAUUGCAUCUCGAGAUGGCUCAGGACCCGACAAGUAUGCCCACUUGACAACAGAGACUGGGAAUUCCAAAAAUACGGACGAUAG